UUCCGGCCGGCUCGGCGGCGGCGGGCUACUCUGCACUCCGGCCCGGGGCCCCAGCGCCGACCCGGCUAGAGCUGAGGGACGCGCAGGGCUGCGGCCCCUCCGUUGUGCAAGCCUCUCCAUGGCGGACGCAGGUGAAGACCCCACCCGAUUUACUGCCCACUCUCUGCCCAGUGACCGCCGGCUCUGGGCCACUGUGACCAACGCCUACUUGGGCACACGUGUCUACCAUGACACACUGCACGUGAGUGGCCUGUACAAUGGGGCUCUGGGGGACACUCACCGGGCCGUUCUGCCCAGUCCCCUCAACGUCCAGCUGGAGGCCCCUGCGGGGACAGGAGAGCGGCUGACCACAACUUUUGUCCUGGACACUAACACAGGCUCCUUUCUGCACACCCUGGAGGGCGCCGGCUUCCGGGCCGCCCAGCGCAUCUACGCCCACCGCACGCUGCCGCAGGUGCUGGCCGUCCACGUGUGCGUCACCCGCUCGGCCGCCGGGGGCGGGCCCGUCACCCUGCCGCUGCGGUCGGCCUUCUCCCCGGAGAGCCCGGACUUGGACCUGCGUCUGGGGCCUGACUUCCAGGGAGCCCGGUACCUGUACGGCCGCACCCUCACUCCGGAGCAGCCUGGGGGGCCGCAGCAGGAGGUGCACAUGCUGUGGACGCCGGUGCCCCCCGCCCUGACCCUCGGGGAAGGCCAGGAGCAGGGGACCUGGGAGUUCCUGGCCGUGGUGGGCGGCAGCCGGGCGGAGGCCCGGGCCUGCCUCGCUGAGGCCCUGCGGCUGCGGGCGCGCGGCGCCCUGUACUCGGCCCACGCCCAGGCCUGGGCCCGACUCUGGGACAGCUGCGGCCUGGAUGUGGGGGGGCCCCUGGCCCUGCGCCAGGCCCUCCGUGGUGCCCUCUACUACCUGCUCAGCGCCCUGCCUGAGCCCGGGAUCCCAGGACAUGUCUGCCACGGACUCAGCCCCGGGGGUCUCGCCAACGGGAGCCGUGAGGAAUGCUACUGGGGCCAUGUGUUCUGGGACCAGGACCUCUGGAUGUUCCCGAACGUCCUGCUGUUCCAGCCAGAGGCCGCCAGGGCUCUCCUGCGGUACCGCAUCCAGACGCUGGGCGGGGCCCUGGACAACGCCCGGAGCCUGGGCUACCAGGGAGCCAAGUUUGCCUGGGAGAGCGCGGGCUCUGGCCUGGAGGCCUGCCCCGAGGGCGUCUACGGGCAGCAGGAGGUCCACGUCAACGGGGCCGUGGCGCUGGCCUUCCAGCUGUACUACCACAGCACCCAGGACCUGCAGCUCUUCCGAGAAGCUGGAGGCUGGGACGUGGUCCGUGCUGUGGCUGAGUUUUGGUGCAGCCGCGUGGAGUGGAGUCCAGCAGAGGAGAAGUACCACCUGAAGGGAGUCAUGCCCCCCGACGAAUACCACUCUGGGGUGAAUAACUCCGUGUACACCAACGUCCUGGCCCAGAACAGCCUGCGCUUCGCUGCUGCCCUGGCCCAGGACCUGGGUCAGCCCAUCCCCACCCGGUGGCUGGCGGUGGCUGAGAAGAUCAAGGUGCCCUUUGACCAGGCGCAGAACUUCCACCCUGAGUUUGAUGGGUAUGAACUUGGAGAGGAGGUGAAGCAGGCGGACGUCGUGCUCUUGGGGUACCCCGUCCCCUUCUCCCUGAGUCCUCGCGUGCGCAGGAAAAACCUGGAGAUUUACGAGGCUGUGACAUCGCCCCGGGGCCCCGCCAUGACCUGGAGCAUGUUUGCCGUGGGCUGGAUGGAGCUGAAGGACCCCAGGCGGGCAUGGGACCUCCUGCAGAGGAGCUUCGCCAACAUCACGGAGCCCUUCAAGGCCAGCGGCCCCGCACCUGCCUCUCCCCCGGGGGCGGGGGUGGGAGCCCAGCUUUGGGGGUCGCCGCCCUGAUGGUCCCCCCUGACCUUCCAGGAAGAGGGACAGUGGCCUCGGGAGACCUGUGUCUUGAGGACCCGGGCCCUGACGACCUUGACCCUGCAGGUGUGGACGGAGAAUGCCGACGGGUCCGGGGCCGUGAACUUCCUGACGGGCAUGGGGGGCUUCCUGCAGGCGGCGCUCUUCGGGUUCACAGGGUUCCGGGUCACCAGGGCUGGCGUGGCCUUUGACCCCAUGUGCCCGGCGGGGGUCUCCGGCGUGUAUGUCUCUGGCAUCUCCUACUUGGGGAACAGGAUCGACUUCUCCUUCUCCGAGGGCACGGUGACGGUCGAGGUCAGGACCCCGGCAGGGCCCUGGGCCCCGCCGCUGGAGGUUGAGCUGUGGCCAUCGCAGGACCGGCUCCCUCUGCCCCCAGGGCGCAAGGUCUCCUUCCCCUGCUCUCCGGGCCGGAUACAAAGCUCAGCCUUGUAGGGGGCAGCGGCAGCAAGCGCUGCCCCCAGGAUGUGCUGGGAGACACUUACGAGACACAGAAGUCCACAGCAGCACCACCGGGACCCUUUGGGCCCUCCAGGCCCGCAGAGCCCCCACCCGGUACUGUGCUGGGCUCUGCCCCCGAGCCGGCAGGGCUGUGGGCGUCAGGGACGUCUCUGGGGUGCCCCCCUCUGGCGCUCCCCAUGCGGGGCCCCCGGCUGGCGGCCAGGCUCGCAGGCUCCGGGCCGGUCUGGACUCUGUGGCCUGACGUGCGUGACUCUCCGCCUCGAGCCUGAACCCCGGGCCGCCUAAAGCCCCCAGACAGGGGCCUUUGCCGAGGCCUCCCGCGCCCGCAGUCUGCACCGGCCCCUCAGGGCUGACGCCCGCACCCGCCAUGCCCCGGGGGGUGGGGGUGCGGACGCUCCGCUGCGGGGGCAGGGGCGGGCGAGGGCCACGGCAUCACUCCGACGCUCAGCCCCAGCUUCGCCAUGAGGAGCUUUCUGUGUCACGACGCGGAGGUCAGUCCUGGCCCAGGUGCUCUCGGGCUGUUGUGGGGGCUCAGCACCCGCAGUCCCCGACUCGGCCGCCCCAGUCAGGUCCGGCAGCCCCUGUCACACACCCUUCCUCGGCCGCGUGGGCUGUGGAGCAAGACCCCUCAUCUUCGCUCUGACCAGCCAGGAGGGCCGGGCCGGGUGCGCACGGGUGCAGAGCCGUGGCCCGGGCCUGUCUGUCCGGGGCAGGCCGCCCUCGUGGAGGUUCUGCCCAGCUUCUGCCGGGGCCUGGGCCCCACAGCGGGCACAUCAAGCUUCUUGAGGACGAAACGAGGAUCUUGGGGAGGGCUCCGCCUGUGUACCCCCAAAGAAU